AUGCUCUCUAAUGGCAUUGAUAGUUUGAACUAUGCCCUUUUCUUCAGCACGCUCAGGUCCGAGUCAGGCUUGGGACUUGUGAGUAUAUCGCCAUAUUUCGCUUAUUUCGGAGCCAGCGGUAACUGA